AUGAACGGAAACACGUCGUCGAUUUCACUCUCAUCUGAGAGCUCUACGUGGCGAGAGAGGUUUAAGAAGUUUAAACAGCACAGGGAUGCUAAGACAGUGCCUGUUUUGCACUUCCAGACAAGUACCCCUCCGCCGGCGUCCCUUCAGCUGCCAGCUCAAAAGACACCUAGUCCAACGCGUGUUGAUGAAGCAUCCAUCAUUGACUCUUAUCAAAAACCCGAGCAAGAAGAUCUUUAUCUUUCUAAUCAUCACAGAUCAUUCUCUCCAAGCAGCUUAUCUGUUCGUGAGCCUAUAAGUUCGAAGGAGUGUCUACAGCGUGCAAAAUUUCUCAAAGAAAGAGCACACGAUUACUUACAAGAAUCAAGGAUUCUCCUCGACCGUGCAAGCGUUAUGGCAUUUGAGGAAGCCUCUAGAUCCCAUGACAAGGCCCUCAGGCGUGAAGACUGGGCAAGAAGAGCAAAGAAGCACGCGGAUAGACUUGAGAAUAUCAUUAUCAAGUAG